AUGGUGUUCUCCUGGAUCGGUCACCACCACGACGAGGAGAAGGCCUACAAGGCAAUUUAUGAGGGCGGCGGCGCCGGCCCCUCCCUCGGCCACGAGGCGCUCGCAGGCGCCGUCAGCUUCUACGCGAUGCACGAGUUUGAGAAGCGCCGCGAACGCGAGGGCUUCAGCGACCACACGAAGGCCAGGGAGGUCCUCGCGAGCAUCGCAGGGGCCGAGGCUGACCGCCUAGCCGAGAGCCGCGGCCUGGGUCGCGAGGAGCGCGCGCAAACGGUCGCUGCGGCCCAGCAAAAGGCCACCUCCAUGUACGACCAGCACUACGGUGGCGGUAUGCAAUAG